ACCAAAACCAAACAUGCUAAAUUAAUCCCACAAUCACCCUCAUCGUCAAUUCUACGAGGCAAGGCAUCCGUCGGUAAAGGCCGACUUCCUGGUGCUCGUCCCUGUCGCCCACCCGACAUGCGCCUCCCGCCCGUCCGCUUCCUGCCGUCGAGCGCGGCGCCGGCCGUGGUGGAUGCGAACGCGCGCAUCGCCCGGCUGGCGCGCGCGGGGAACAUGGAGGGCGCCCGCGCCGCGUUCGAGGCCAUGCCUCUCCGCACCACCGCCUCCUACAACGCCCUCCUCGCCGGCUAUUUCCGCAACAACCUCCCCGACGCCGCGCUCCGAGUCUUCCACCGCAUGCCCUCGCGGGACCUCGCCUCCUACAACGCGCUCAUCUCCGGGCUCUCCCUGCGCCACCACACUUUGCCCGACGCCGCCGCGGCGCUCGCCACCAUCCCCUACCCGCCCUCGGUCGUCUCCUUCACAUCCCUCCUGCGCGGGUACGUGCGCCACGGCCUCCUAGCUGACGCCAUCCGGCUGUUCCGACAGAUGCCGGAGCGCAACCACAUAACCUACACGGUGUUGCUUGGUGGCUUCCUCGACGCCGGCCGUGUCGACGAGGCCCGCGAGCUGUUUGAUGAAUUGCCUGCGAAGGAUGUUGUUGCGUGGACUGCCAUGCUAUCUGGGUACUGCCAGGCUGGCCGGAUUGCUGAGGCUCGCGCUCUGUUUGAUGAAAUGCCAAAGAGGAACGUUGUGUCAUGGACUGCCAUGGUCUCCGGCUACGCUCAGAAUGGGCAGGUGAACCUUGCUCGGAAGCUGUUCGAGGUGAUGCCUGAGCGCAAUGAGGUGUCGUGGACUGCAAUGCUAUUUGGGUAUAUACAGGCUGGGCGUGUAGAGGAUGCUGAGGAGCUGUUUAAUGCAAUGCCGGAGCACCCAUUGCCAGCCUGCAAUGCAAUGAUAGUUGGGUUUGGGCAGCGGGGGAUGGUGGAUGCUGCCAAGGCAGUCUUUGAUAGGAUGUGCGAGAGGGAUGAUGGAACAUGGAGUGCAAUCAUCAAAGCAUAUGAGCAGAAUGAAUUCUUGAUGGAGGCAUUGUCUACCUUCCGCAAGAUGUUGCAUGAUGGCAUUCGCCCAAACUACCCAUCAGUCAUCAGCAUCCUCAUGGUAUGUGCAGCCCUGGCUGUUCUUGAUUAUGGGAGGGAGGUGCAUGCUGCAAUGCUGAGGUGUUCCUUUGACAAGGAUGUCUUUGCUGUGUCAGCAUUAAUCACCAUGUACAUCAAAUGUGGGCAUUUGGAUAAGGCCAAGAAGGUUUUCAACAUGUUCGAGCACAAAGAUGUUGUGAUGUGGAACUCGAUGAUAACUGGUUAUGCCCAACAUGGGUUGGGGGAGGAAGCACUCCACAUAUUUAAUGAUAUGAGGUUGGCUGGAAUGCUGCCUGAUGGAAUUACGUACAUUGGGGCCCUUACAGCAUGUAGUUACACAGGAAAAGUUAAAGAGGGGAGGGAUAUUUUUAAUUCUAUGGAUACAAAUUCUGCUGUCAGACCUGGAGCAGAGCAUUAUUCUUGCAUGGUUGAUUUGCUUGGUCGAGCAGGACUUUUGGAGGAAGCACUGGAUUUGAUUAAGACCAUGCCAGUUGAACCAGAUGCCGUCAUCUGGGGAGCUCUGAUGGGGGCCUGUAGAAUGCACAAGAAUGCUGAGAUUGCUGAGGUUGCUGCUAAGAAGCUCUUAGAGCUAGAGCCUGGAAAUGCUGGGCCAUAUGUCUUGCUCUCUCACAUUUAUACAUCCACUGGGAGGUGGGAAGAUGCUUCUGAGAUGCGAAAAUUCAUUAGCUCAAGGCAUUUGAACAAGUCUCCUGGCUGUAGUUGGAUAGAAUACGACAAAAGGGUGCAUCUCUUCACAUCCGGUGAAGUGUCAGCACAUCCUGAGCAUUCUAUUAUCCUUAAAAUGCUGGAGAAGUUAGAUGUAUUGCUGAUGGAAUCUGGAUACUCAGCUGAUGGGAGCUUCGUGCUUCAUGAUGUAGACGAGGAGCAAAAAACUCAUAGCUUGCGGUAUCACAGUGAGAGGCAGGCUGUGGCAUAUGGACUAUUGAAAGUUCCGGAAGGAAUGCCCAUUCGUGUCAUGAAGAACCUCAGGGUUUGUGGUGAUUGCCACUCUGCGAUAAAAUUGAUUGCAAAGAUAACUUCUCGGGAAAUCAUACUGAGAGAUGCAAAUAGAUUCCAUCACUUCAAAGAUGGGUUUUGCUCAUGCAGGGACUAUUGGUGAGGUGAAUGAUGCAGUAUAUUUUUUUGCUCCACAUCGACUCUUUGAUGAUCCUUUCAUAAGUUAAGUCUCGGUAUAUUAA